GCGGGGGUCCGCACCGCGGUCGGCGAGCUGCGUGUGCUUCCGGCUCGGUAGGCGAGGACGUCGUUAUCCGGCGGCGCCUCCCUCCUGAGCAACCCGGUCGGUGGGUUUAAGGCGGCUGGUGCUGGUGAAUUAGCAGUACCGGCCGAGGCCGGGCCCGGCCCUGUUCCCGCCUCCGGCGCGGUGCUGCUGCCGGGCGGUGCUGCGACGGCGGUGGUUUUUUGGUUUAUUUUUUGAAUCCCGCUGGAGAACGUGGCUGAUUGAGCUGAGGGGUUUUCGCUCGCUGGAAUUAAACGGUGAAGUCAGCCUUUUUAAUUGCCCAGUGAGAAUGGCAAGGAUUCGGAUUUCUAGCACAAUCAUUACGCUUCUUGUUACGGUCCAGACUGGAUUCCUACUCUUCAUGUAUGCCCGGUACAAUAGCUUCACGACUCACUCAGAGGAGAAAUCAUCUCAAGUCCACAUCCUCAUCCUCUCCUCCUGGAGGUCGGGAUCUUCUUUUGUUGGACAGCUUUUCAGCCAGCACCCCAGUGUCUUCUACCUGAUGGAGCCUGCAUGGCAUGUGUGGGUUACAAUGUACCAGAACAGUGCCAAAGUCUUGCACAUGGCAGUGCGGGACCUGGUCAGGUCAGUCUUUCUCUGUGAUAUGUCUGUUUUUGAUGCCUACAUGCCUUGGAAAAGAAACUUAUCUGAUCUUUUCCAGUGGGCGGUGAGUCGGGCUCUGUGUUCAGCUCCUGCUUGUGACUCCUUUCAACGUACUGACAUAACCAGUGAAAUGGCAUGCAAAACUCUUUGUGGACGGUACCCAUUCAGCAAGGUGGAAGAAGCCUGUAAAACUUACAGCCAUGUUGUAAUCAAGGAGGUUCGCUUCUUUGACUUGAAGGUCCUCUACCCACUUCUCACCGAUCCAUCCCUGAACCUCAAAAUAAUUCACUUGGUCCGUGACCCCAGGGCAGUUGUAAAGUCACGAGAACAAUCAGUCAAAGCAUUAGCCCGUGACAAUGGAAUUGUUCUGAGUACCAAUGGCACUAAAGUGGAAGACAGCAAAUACAAAGUAAUGCAAGAGAUUUGUAGAAGUCACGUUCAGAUUUAUGAAACAGCAACUCUAAAACCACCUAGCUUCCUUAAGGAUCGCUAUCUAAUGAUCCGUUUUGAAGAUCUGGUAAGAGACCCGUUGUCAGAAAUCUCAGAAAUGUAUAAAUUUGCAGAUCUUAGUUUGACCCCCACACUCAAAAGUUGGGUCUAUAACAUCACACAUGGACAGGGACCAGGAAAAAAAAAAGAAGCCUUCAAAAUUACAUCUCGGGAUGCAGUUAAUGUUUCCCAGGCCUGGAGAAAUGUUCUUUCAUUCCAGAAAAUUAAAAAAAUACAGGAAGUUUGCAAAGGUGCUAUAAGCAUGCUGGGCUAUCAGCUAGUGGAUUCAGAAAAAGAACAAAGAGAUCUGUCACUGGAUUUAGUGUUGCCAAGAAGACAAAACCAAUUCAGUUGGUCGUCGUUUAAUCCAAAGAACUAAGCCAUUACUUUGAGAGAUUAGGGAGGAGAAAAAGGAGGAGUGUAUCUAUCUGUUAUGGAGUGUAUAGCUAGUUUGAAAAUCCUUGGCUAAUGAUGACUUUAAUUAUUUUCCUACCUGCUGGUUCACAAAGUAAUGUAAGCUUUUUUUUUUUUUUUUUUUCCCAAGCUUCUUACACUACAAAACAAAUAAAAAAGAAUUGUGAAAAAUUCAGCAAUAUACUUGUGAGCUUGCAAAUUUGCAACUGUGCUGUUUUGAGCGUUGUUUUUAAAAUAUGAUUUAAAAUCUUUCAAUAAAAGGUAUC